AUACCCGUGUGCUGCGAGGUCCUGGUCGACUAUUACGACGACCCGCGCAAGGUGAGCGCCGUGGACAAGAACGCCAAGGAUGUGGGCACGGGCUCUGUGUGGGUACGCCCCUGCCUGCGGCGACGUGAUGAAGCUGUACCUCCGUAUGGACGAACACGACACCAUUGUCGACUCGUUGUCCACGACAAUCAGCUGCGGUGCGGUUGGGCGAUUGUGUUCUCCUCGGUGACCACGGUUCAAGGGCAAGCGC